GCUGGCGGGGCCUGUCAGGACCUCGGGAAACCUCUGACCCCACGCUUCAGGCAUUUCCUUAUCAGGCUCACCUCUCUAUCUCCUGCGGCGCUUCCGAGGCGCAACCGCUGCUCGGGAAGUCCUACCUGAGAUCUAGCCCGAAAUCUUCUUGCUGCAGCCCAGUCUAGAGCAUCUCCUAUUUCCAAUUUUUAUAUUCGUCUUUUACCCCUGCCCCUUCUCUGACCCCUCCCCAGCCUCUACCACUUUGGGGCUUCUUUUCCUUGCCGGAGAGAUUCGAGUGGUCCAACAGACUCUGUAUGAGGGCUUUGCACGGGAAGCCCUGCCCCUUUGGCCUCCCAGCACAUCCAGCCCAGCCCACAGUCUGCCCCUGAUGCUCCUACUUAUUCAUCUGUCCUCCACAGAACCAAAGGCCAGGCCCGGACCGUGAGGCCUCACUCCUUGCCCAUACCACCCUCUCAUGGCCUGCCGCCCAGGACCAGGGUCUUGCUGAUGUGGUAACACAGCAAGGGCCAGCAGAUGAAUGGAAACCUUGAAGCAGAGGAGCAGCGGGACCAGAGGCCAGACCAGGAGCUGACCUGGAGCUGGGGCCACAGGCCUAGAAGCGCCCUGGACAGGGCCGAGGCCAUGGCCCCCCCACCACCACUGCCAUUGGCCGCAAGCACCCCGCUCCUGCAUGGCGAGUUCGGCUCCUACCCGGCCCGGGGCUCCCGCCUGGCCCUCACUCUCACCCCACAGGCCCUGCACAUACAGCGGCUGCGCCCGAAGCCCGAAGCCCGCCCCCGGGGCAGCCUGGUCUCCCUGGCCGAGGUGUCAGGCUGCUGCACCCUGCGGAGCCGCAGCCCCACAGACCAGGCGGCCUACUUCUGCGUCUACACCUACCCGCAGGGCCGGCACGGGGGCCGCCUCGGGGGCCAGCGGAGAGCCGCCCGCACCUUUCGGGCCGACGGGGCAGCCACCUACGAGGAGAACCGCGCUGAGGCCCAGCGCUGGGCCAUUGCGCUCAUGUGUCUGCUCCGUGGACUGCCACUGCCAGGGGACAGGGAAAUCACCCCCGAGCUGCUGCCGAAGCCACCCCGAUUGCUCCUAUUGGUCAAUCCGUUUGGGGGGCGGGGUCUGGCCUGGCAGUGGUGUAAGAACCACGUGCUGCCCAUGAUUUCUGAAGCCGGGCUGUCCUUCAACCUCAUCCGGACAGAACGGCAGAACCACGCCCGGGAGCUGGUGCAGGGGCUGAGCCUGAGUGAGUGGGAUGGCAUCGUCACAGUCUCAGGAGACGGGCUGUUGUUCGAGGUGCUGAACGGACUCCUAGACCGCCCUGACUGGGAAGAAGCUGUGAAGACACCCGUGGGCAUCCUCCCCUGUGGCUCGGGCAACGCCCUGGCUGGAGCUGUGAACCAGCAUGGGGGGUUUGAACCUGCCCUGGGUGUCGACCUGCUGCUCAACUGCUCGCUGUUGCUGUGCCGGGGGGGCAGCCGCCCAUUGGACCUGCUCUCGGUGACGCUGGCCUCAGGCUCCCGCUGUUUCUCCUUCCUGGCCGUUGCCUGGGGCUUCGUGUCAGACGUGGACAUCCAGAGCGAGCGCUUCAGGGCCCUGGGAAGCGCCCGCUUCACACUGGGCACGGUGCUGGGCCUUGCCACCCUGCACACCUACCGCGGACGCCUCUCUUACCUCCCCGCUGCUGUAGAGCCUGCCUCUCCCGCCCCUGCCCGAGGCCUACCCCGUGCCAAGUCAGAGCUGACCCUGGCCCCUGCCCCGGCCCCAGCGCCGGCCCCGCCUGUGGCGCACUCACCCCUGCAUCGCUCGGUGUCUGACCUGCCUCUGCCCCUGCCCCAGCCUGCCCUGACCUCGCCAGGCUCGCCUGAGCCCCUGCCCAUCCUGUCCCUCAAUGGCGGGGGCCCAGAGUUGGCUGGGGACUGGGGUGGGGCUGGAGAUGCCCCACUGUCCCCAGACCCGCUGCUGCCCUCACCACCUAGCUCCCCUAAGGCUUUACUGUCACCCGUCACAGAGGGGGUCCCAGAAACGACAGCCUCCUCUGGGCUCGCACCUCCCACCCCUGAUGUCCCGGGAGCUGCCCCAGGAGCCACUUCUGCCAGGGGCCCACCUGACCACCUUCUCCCUCCUCUGGGCACCCCACUGCCCCCGGGCUGGGUGACACUGGAGGGCGACUUUGUACUCAUGUUGGCCAUCUCACCCAGCCACCUGGGGGCUGACCUGGUGGCAGCCCCCCAUGCGCGCUUUGACGACGGCCUGGUGCACCUGUGCUGGGUGCGUGCUGGCAUCUCGCGUGCGGCGCUACUGCGCCUUUUUCUGGCCAUGGAGCGGGGCAGCCACUUCAGCCUGGGCUGUCCGCAGCUGGGCUAUGCCGCGGCCCGUGCCUUCCGCCUCGAGCCUCUCACGCCUCGCGGCGUGCUCACUGUGGACGGAGAGCAGGUGGAGUAUGGGCCGCUGCAGGCGCAGGUGCACCCAGGCCUCGGGACACUGCUCACUGGGCCUCCCGGCCGCCGCACCUAACGAAGCUUGCAGCCCGCCAGGGGCGGGGCCAACAUUCCGAGGAGGCGGAGCCUGGCCUAGGGGCGUGGCCUAGCUGCUAGCGGCAGGGCGCAGGGCGCAGGCCCCACACGCAGGAAUCCCUGCCCCGUCUCAGGAUUGCGCGCCCCCGGGGGACCAGAGGUAAUGUUGGACGGAGUGUGGCCCUAACUCCAGGGGGUCGGUGUCAUCCCGGUCACCGACCAACCGGCAGGCCCCAAGGGUAGUGCCUGACCAAUGAGGGCGGGGCGCGGUCCAGACCUUCGCUCCCGGCUCGUGGGAGGCCAGGUCCGCUGAGGGCGGAGACUGUCUUACGCGUUGUCCAAUGACGGGACCUGGCACGUACGGGCUGGGGAGGCCUUAGUUAAUUGGCCAGUCAAGGCCCGGGUCUUGCCCUAUCCACUCCGGUGCCUCCACUUAACUGGCCAAUCAGCCCAGGAGGGGCAGGUUCCCCGGGGCGGACGCUCGGAUUUGCACUAAUGUUCCUCCCAAGCGCACCCCUCCCCCGCCGGUGGGGGCGGGGAAACUCCUUUCUUCAGUCUUCUGUCUCUUGUGCGUCCCCUGACCCUCAUCUUCAAAGCAAUUGAAAAGGUCUAUGCAAUAAAGGCAGUCGCUUCAUUCCUCUCA